ACGUAUCAAAAAUAGGACAACGCAUCUCUGGGGAUGGUGAGCUAGCCUAUUUUCUCUGGCGCGACUAUCCCUCUGUCUGUUUGUGUUUGUGUGUCUGUGAGCUGAGGGCAUCAUUUUGCUUCCGUAACCUAUCACCCAGAUCUGUCGUUGUGCAGUCUCAGUGCAGAGCUGCAGACCGAGUUCAGGCGCUGUUGCCAGCUGUCGCGCUCGGCAUUGCUCCACGACACGCACACACGUAACCACAUCCGUACGGCGUGCAUCCAACCACCCAAUUCCAUAUCCAACUCCCCUUUCACUGGCAGACAGCAAGGCAGACCCGGUGGAGACGUCCACUUUACUCAUUCUCCUAACGGGACACAACAGACUCCAUCGCUCUAACGGGAAUAGAGACUGUACAGGACUGUUGAGGACUGUUGAGGACUGUACAGUGCAGACCACCAGCACUACCAGCGGCAGCACCAUGGCAACCAAGAGACCAGGGGAGAGGACCUCUCCGGCAGCCGGACCCACAGACACCAGGCAGUCUGGAGCAGAGAUACAGGAGACACUGGUAUACAUGCAGUGCUGUGGGCAGGAAGCCCCUAACAUGACAGAGAGCAACGGCCAUAGGAACAUUAUGAAUAGGCACCAUCAGGUACCGGUCUUCGUGCCCCGGGGGAGGACUGAGGCGGGCUGGACCCACCCUGCGGCUCCUCAGCAGACUACAACUCCCACAGUGCCCUCCUGCCCUGUGUCUGCCCCAGACAGUUUCCGGAGCCCAGGGUCGGUGGAGAUGGAUGAGAUCAUGGCAGCCAUGGUUCUGACCAGUAUGUCCUGCAGCCCUGUGGUCCAGAGCUCUCCUCAGGGUCAGAAUGACCCUGUACCAGGUUCAUCAUCAGGGGGCGGAGACAUGGAGUGUGGGGGCGGAGACAUGGAGUGUGGGGGUGGGGAUCUGUCUGACAGCGGCAGCAGUGGCUACUGGAGCUGGGACCACGACAACGUUAGUCCCUCCCUGUCCCUGUCCGUCAUCGAGAUGGACAGCAGCCCCGACGAAGGACUGCACACGGAGCUGGAGCAGGGUGUGGAGCUAAAUGUAGCCAAGAGGUCAAAGAGUUCUUUCAGAGGAGCGUACAGGUGUCUGUGGCCCAGCUGUGGCAAGGUGCUCACGUCUUCGGUUGGUAUGAAGAGACAUGUCCGUGUCAUGCACCUGGGCGGAUCGGAGCAGUCCCACAGAGAGGAGGAUUUCUACUACACUAAGUUCUCCUGCAAAGCUCCACCAGCCCUCGUCCCGGCCUUGUCCUCUCACGUCCCAUGGGCAUCCUGUGGCUCCCCUCCAGACCCUGGUCCUGGUCCAGGUUCCUGUCUCCAGAUCCCCUCCUCUACCUCGUCCUCACCCUCAGGGUCAGGCAGCUCCAGGCCCAGCUCAGGCCCAGGAUCAACCCCAGGGUCAGCUCCAGACCAGCCCAGCCCUCUCAGCCAGUCUGCCCCCAGUUCCUUUUGGCAGACAGACCACCCGUAUCAGGCCUGCACUCCCCUCCAGGUGACGGUGUCCUGUCACAACUCCGCCCCCUGUUGUUGGACCCCUCCCCCUCUCACCGUCUCUAACCAGCACAAUCACCACAACUCUCAGGUGGUGAGGGGUCGCUGCAGGUCUGUGAGUGUGGGAGAACAGUGGCUUCAACAGAACAGCGCCACCAACAGGCUAACCACCAUGAGAGCAGCCUCUCCAUCACGCUCUCAAUGCUCCUUCAGGAAGGGACGAGGGGAGGCCAAAACGUGUCUUGUGUUUCAUCCCUGUAGGAAGGGACGAGGGGAGGCCAAAACGUGUCUUGUGUUUCAUCCCUGUAGGAAGGGACGAGGGGAGGCCGAAACGUUUCUUGUGUUUCAUCCCUGUAGGAAGGGACGAGGGGAGGCCGAAACGUUUCUUGUGUUUCAUCCCUGUAGGAAGGGAUGAGGGGAGGCUGAAACGUUUCUUGUGUUUCAUCCCUGUAGGAAGGGACGAGGGGAGGCCAAAACGUGUCUUGUGUUUCAUCCCUGUAGGAAGGGACGAGGGGAGGCCAAAACGUGUCUUGUGUUUCAUCCCUGUAGGAAGGGACGAGGGGAGGCCGAAACGUUUCUUGUGUUUCAUCCCUGUAGGAAGGGACGAGGGGAGGCCGAAACGUGUCUUGUGUUUCAUCCCUGUAGGAAGGGACGAGGGGAGGCUGAAACGUGUCUUGUGUAUCAUCCCUGUAGGAAGGGACGAGGGGAGGCCAAAACGUGUCUUGUGUUUCAUCCCUGUAGGAAGGGACGAGGGGAGGCUGAAACGUGUCUUGUGUAUCAUCCCUGUAGGAAGGGACGAGGGGAGGCCAAAACGUGUCUUGUGUUUCAUCCCUGUAGGAAGGGACGAGGGGAGGCCAAAACGUGUCUUGUGUUUCAUCCCUGUAGGAAGGGACGAGGGGAGGCUGAAACGUGUCUUGUGUUUGAUCCCUGUAGGAAGGGACGAGGGGAGGCUAAGAAGUGUCGUAAGGUGUACGGAGUGGAGCACAAGGAGCAGUGGUGCACGGCCUGCCGCUGGAAGAAAGCCUGCCAGCGCUUCACAGACUAAACGAGGGCGCGAACGACGGAUGAUGGAAAAAAGAGAGACUUGGGAGGAAAAAAAGAGAGGUCACGAUCACAACCAGGGCCUGUUAGCCAUCAAGAACAACAAAUUCCUUUUUUUUCUACCUUGUUUUUUUUUCCCCUCAAGGAAUAAAGUGAUUUGUGUAUUUUUUUUAAAAUGUAAACGUUGACCUGAGCAGUGGGUCAGUGUGUGUGAUGUUAGUAGCUAGUAGUUGAUGUUAUGACGUGGUAGGCCUACAAUGUUCGUAACCCUGGGUAACAAUCGGCUCAAAAGUCUGUGCCAUGAGAUAUUUCUAAGGACAAACUUUAGACCGUCCUGGCGGGCUAGUGUGGCACAUUUUCUACUAGCCCGAUCUGAAAAGUACUAGCCCGAUCUGAAAAGUACUAGCCGGAUCUGAAAAGUACUAGCCCGAUUUGAAAAGUACUAGCCCGAUUUGAAAAGUACUAGCCUGAUCUGAAAAGUACUAGCCCGAUCUGAAAAGUACUAGCCUGAUCUGAAAAGUACUAGCCCGAUCUGAAAAGUACUAGCCCGAUCUGAAAAGUACUAGCCCGAUUUGAAAAGUACUAGCCCGAUCUGAAAAGUACUAGCCCGAUCUGAAAAGUACUAGCCCGAUCUGGCGGGCUGGUUUAGUUUCCAUCCCGGGUUGAGCAAGGCGCUUCAUCCUCUCCUCACCUCUCACUGAGAACACGUCUCUCCUCACCUCCCACUGAGAACAUGUCUCUCCUCACCUCUCAUGUCUCUCCUCACCUCUCACUGAGAACAUGUCUCUCCUCACCUUCCACAGUAUUGUAGCUCUCUUCUUCUUUAAUCUCCUCCUCCAACACGUCAUUCUUCCCCGUGGCCUCCAACACGUCAUUCUUCCCCGUGGCCUCCAACACGUCAUUCUUCCCCGUGGUGUCUAUAGAAGCUAUGGAACACCUAUACCUCUAUGUGAUGUGCUAUCUAUGAGAUCUUUUGGACUAUUUUGUAUUUUUGUGUUUUUUUAUUGUUAUAUAAAGAGUUUAAUGUCAUGUUUUGGCACAUUUUAUUUAAACAUGUAUUUUACAAGGAUAAUGAUGAAUAAGCUACAUGUGGUUUGACUCGUUGUGGUUUGAAUUGAGUCAGUUUCUUCCAUACAGUAUUUUACUCUACCCCGUCUUGGUGAACAGUGUAAUGGUCUGUAUAAGACAGUGUUAUGGUCCUGUCUGUAUAAGACAGUGUUAUGGUCCUGUCUGUAUAGGACAGUGUUAUGGUCCUGUCUGUAUAAGACAGUGUUAUGGUCCUGUCUGUAUAAGACAGUGUUAUGGUCUGUAUAAGACAGUGUUAUGGUCCUGUCUGUAUAAGACAGUGUUAUGGUCCUGUCUGUAUAAGACAGUGUUAUGGUCCUGACUGUAUAAGACAGUGUUAUGGUCCUGUCUGUAUAAGACAGUGUUAUGGUCCUGUCUGUAUAAGACAGUGUUAUGGUCCUGUCUGUAUAAGACAGUGUUAUGGUCCUGUUUGUAUAAGACAGUGUUAUGGUCCUGACUGGAUCGAGGUAUUGAACCACUCCCAAGGGAUCAGGCCACGUUAGACUGCAUUUUUACAAAUAUCCUUCUAAUGACAGAAGAAACAUGUCUAAAGUUACUAAAAACACAGUCAAAUAAAGUAAAUAAUAAAUACAUUUUUUUAAACAGAGAA